GGAGGAAGAAGAGUCAGUUGAACGCAGACAGUCUGCAGAGAUCAGCGUGUGGAAACAAGAGCUGGAGAUUCACACAGAGUGAGGAAAGUGUUUAUCCUGUGGAGAGAAGCCGUGCUGUCUAAAUUGUCAAAUCAGAAUGUUAACUCUCAUCUGGGUGAUUCUGCUCCUCGCUGACAAAGGUUCUGGGACUCAGUGUUCAAACAGCAACAGCAGUAUCACACUAAGUAAAAGAAAUGUAUCAGCACAGGUUGGACUGUGUGUUGUUUUACCAUGUCCUUUUACUACAGACGAUGGUGAUUUUGAAAGUAUAACUUGGUAUAAACAUGAUGGAAACGUAAAUAAAACAAUAUUUGACUCCAGUAACAAUACGAAAGCUGACUCUGAGUUUAAAGGGAGGGUGUCACUGUUUGAGUCUGACCUGAAAAAUAAGAACUGCAGCAUCAUCAUCAAUGAUCUCACCAAGUCGGACUCUGGAUCAUAUCAAGUUGUUUUUAAGACAGAGACUCCCUGCACAUUGAUUUCUGAUGCAAACGUCACAGUCACAGUUACAGAGCUGAGUGAAAGGCCCACACUGGAGAUUCCUGAAAUAACAGAGGGACAGCUGACUACACUGAACUGCACCGCUCCUCUUCUUUGCCCUGGAUCCACUCCUAAUAUAACCUGGAUAUGGAGUGGAUCAGGACAAAACCUCUCUGAAAUCAAAGAAAACAACACUGAAUUCAAGUCUAAGAAUCAGACUUAUUUCAACUCAACUCUGACCUUUAACGCUUCGGCUAAACACAACGGUGGUCAGGUCACCUGUAAGGUCACCUUCAAAAGUGUCACAACAAAUGAGACAAAAACUCUUAAUGUCAAGUAUGCACCAAGAAUCUUGAAUGACUCUAAUUGUAGCGCUCAGUCAAAGGUUUUGACCUGUGUGUGUAUCAGUGAGGGGUUUCCUUCACCCACCAUCAAAUGGCCACACUUGGAGAGCCACACUGAGUACUGUGUAACAACCAAUGUGUCAAACACCAGAGUCACCAGCACCAUCACUGUGUCCCACGAUCACUGUCAGAACACCACUAUUGAAUGUGUCAGCAGUAAUAGUAUUAGAAAUACCUCAUCAAAUGUCAGCCUUAAAAUAAAGGAGUGCAAUGUUAAUUCAUCAUCACCUGAAGAAAAAAAUAACAACAUAUUCAAACAGUUUUUAAUGAUUAUUCAAGAGCUGAAAGUCAUCAUUGCAGUGUUGACGGGGUUUGUGAUUGGGAUAAUCCUUUCAACAAUCAUUGCUUGUUUGGUAACAAAAUCUCGCAGAAAAAAGUGGAAGAGGUCGGAAAAUCCUUCUGAAAACCUGGAGAUGGGGACUUCUGAAGCUGGUCCAAUGAUGGAUGCUGAUCAAGCAGCAACAUAUGAUGGGAUCCGUGAGCCAGAGGACGCUGAAGGAGAAGCUGAGUCUGUUGCGCAAUUACCAUCCAAUGGAAACUGCAGAACAGAGGUGGAGUACUCCGACAUUAACUUCUCUGCACUAAGACCCAAGAAUCCUGAAGAGGCAGAAAACACGCAGGAUGCCAGAGACACCGAGUAUGCUGAAAUUAAAAGAGAAGGACUGAGACAAGAAGACGCCCAAGAGGACAGUGAAAUGUUGGAGGGCAAUGAAGAGAAUGAGUUGAUGAGUAAAAAGGACAAUGAGGAAGGUGAGGAUGUGGCGCUGUAUUCCAGUGUGGAGGAAUUAAUGGGUUAAUUAUGAGAGGUGUGAGAUCUAUGAGAUUUGGAGAGAUUAACUGUGAAGCAUCACACAACCAUUACAAACAGAAGAUACAUGCAUGCUGCAAUCAACGUAUGCAUUGAGAAUUGUGUGUGCUUUGUUAGAUGAGAUGGAAUUUCUGGGAUUUUUCAAUUGCGUUUCCACAGGACUUACAAAACUGGUAAAAAUAUCAGGCUAUGGUGUUUAAUGUGGUCUAAACAGAAUGAUAGUGGGUCGACUAAUCAGAUCCAGGUGCUGACAAAAAGGUUUUCAUGAAAUAUCCUCUCAUGUGAUAACUUCUAUCUUUGGUAUGUAAGUGGCAGUCGUUAGCGGGGACCUAUGGUGGCUAUGCUACUCCACUUAUUUAAUACAAUGAAACCUUCAGGUGUCAGCCAUACUAUGUAAAUAUUGUAAUAAAUCUUCAUAUUUACUUCACCUGUUCCACAAAAACAUAACAAGGUGAAACUGUUUAAAUCAUGGGUGUCAAACUCCAGUCCUCAAGGGCCGGCGUCCUGAAACGUUUCCAUGCGUCCCUGCUGCAACACACCUGGAUAACAUUAGUAGGUCAUUUGCGAGACUCUGUAGUGCUUGACUGCAUGCUGAGAUGGCAACCCCUAACCCAAGUCAAGUAAAUGUAAAUAAAUGAAGUGAAAAAUGUACGUCUAAAAGUUCUUUUAUUGCACUGUGUUCAUUCACUUAUGAGCUGCUGUAACAUGAAUCAAAUAGCUGAAUUCCCACCUCAGCAUGCUAAUGACCUACUAAUGUUAUUCAGGUGUGUUGCAGCAGGAACACAUAGAAAAGUUUCAGGACGCCGGCCCUCGAGGACUGGAGUUUGACACCUGUGGUUUAAAUCAUGAAUAUAAAUCUUAAAUCUUUGUGAAAAAGUUUUUGUAUGCAAACAAUAUUCUUUACAUUUUGCAUAUCUCUGUAUGAUACAAUUAACAGCUUCAUGUAACAGUCAAACAUUUCAUCACGUUAAUAAAAUUCAGUCAUAAAUAAGGUGAAUGCAACUGAAAUCACAUUCAAGCUCAGAGUGAGAAUUUAUUCAGUUACAUUAUGAAGUUUGCCACAGUGGAGGAGGGGAGAGAUCACCUUUGCUUUGUUUUAAACCAUAAAAAGCUAAAGGAAAGCUCACCCUGGUAAAGCUUUUGUACAAAUUCAGACCACGCAUGGCAUUUUCUAGUUUGACGCCUCUCAGUCUAAGGUUGUCUGUGUUCUGCUUAACUGCUGUAAAUACUGCAAUUGCAAAAGUCCAGCUCCACCCUUCAGGCUACUUCUCUACUCCACAAACACUGGACUAAGGGGGUCAUAAUAUUUAGAUUUCAGGUUUCUUUUACAGCUUAAAAUUGUGUGACUUGACAAUUGACUGUUAUAGUCUCUUACAGUGUCAAAAUGUGAGAACAGGAAGAUUAGACCCAGUGAAAAUAGAGUGAUGCCUAAUAAGGAAGGAUAUAAAUGUAUUCGCCUGUAACUGUUGUGAGAACAAUAACUAGUUCAUGAGUACUGUACAUAGGUGACAGAUGUAAGUAGAUGAAUGCGCAAUCUUUGUGUUUGAAUCUGCUGGUAUUUAAAGCAUGUGUUAAAUAAUAUUGUUUUAAUCAUAUAUUUUUUAAUAUGGUUUUUAUAUAUCAAUAAUCUCACACCAUCGUACAUUAAACAGUAUGCACUGUGUUGCACAAAGUAAAAAAAACAAGCCAGCUAUUUCACAGUUUUAAAGUGCUGAUGCAAAGUGAAGAUACGGUUGUUGUUGGUUGGUUGGUUUCUCCGCAUGACAACAAUUUGUUUCUUCUGUUUUUAGCAACUGUUGUGUACUUCCCUUUU